AAUUUAUGAAUGACACAUUUUGAUUUUUCUAAUCGUUCGUGUCUGAGCUGUGUAAACUGAACGGAAUCUGAAUAAAAUUUGUGAUAAUGGUGGACCGUUUAGUGAAUAGUGAAGCAAAUGCACGUAGGAUUGCUAUGGUGGAAAACUGCUUCGGCAGUUCAGGUCAGCCCCUGGCAGAACAAGGCAGGGUUCUGGUUGGGGAAGGUGUCCUUACAAAAAUGUGCCGGAAGAAGCCCAAAGCUCGUCAAUUCUUUCUCUUCAAUGACAUCCUUGUCUAUGGCAACAUUGUUAUUAACAAGAAGAAGUAUAACAAACAACAUGUCAUUCCACUUGAAGAAGUCAAAUUGGAAUCAUUAAAGGAUGAAGGACAAUAUCGUAAUGGGUGGUUGAUCCGCACUGCAUCUAAAUCAUUUGCUGUGUACGCAGCAACAGCUACAGAGAAGGAGGAAUGGAUGGCACAUAUAGAGAAAUGCAUAGAAGAUUUGCUAAGAAAAAGUGGCAAGCAGCCGCCAUCACAGCAUGCCGCGGUAUGGGUGCCCGACAAUGAAGCAGCCAUUUGCAUGCACUGCAAAAAGACACAGUUUACCGUCCUCAACAGAAGACAUCAUUGUCGUAAAUGCGGCUCGGUUGUGUGCGGGCCUUGCUCGUCCAAGCGGUUCGUGUUGCGCGGCCAGAGCGACAAGCCACUGCGCGUGUGUCUGCAGUGCUACGAUGAGCUAACGCGGGACCGAGCACGCCCCGCGCAGAUACAGCCCGCGUCAGCUGCCGUGCCUAUUAAAGGAUUGGAGGGCGCAGGUUCGGGCGGCGACUCAUCGGGAGACGACGACAGUGAUGACGACGAUGACCGCCUUCCAACCGACCAGAGUCACGACGAGCCAAAGUUUUACGGUGACGGCGAAAAGACUGAUGAAACAAAUAACUAUUCGUCCAAGGAAAACAAGUAAAGAGAAAAGAAAGCAAUCAAACAUAAAGCAUCCCAAUAAAAUUAUAAUGUAAUUUACAUAAAUUAUUGUAAUUUUACAAUUUAGUUAUAUUAAUUUUAUGAUGUCGCCCCUGUUCUAUAUUUCGUACGGGCAUUAAAUAUACAAAUAUAAAUGUAUAAGAGUAGAGAGUGCAUUUACUAAAUCUAUUAAAGAGGUCGCUAACUAUGACUUUUUGCAGCGAUUUGGUAACAACCGCAACUUUUUGCCGUAUAUACUGUUUCGUUGCUGGUUCCCCAAACGAUUUAGCGUCUGAAUACGAUGUGUCGUAGAAACUGCUUCGGAGUACAGGUUUAAUAUAACUUCCAAACCUCUAAAACGUAAGCCCGCUACAAGCUCAGUUUUCACUUACCUUAAGGUAAGGGCUAACGUGCAGUGGAAUAAAAAUAAAUUGUCGCAUUUGUUACGCGCGACAGAAGCGACAAUCUUUUUGUAAGGAUUCAGCACAUUAAAACAUUUCUGUAAAAUAUUUUAAUCCCUCUGUCUAAUGGCUCGAUGUAUUGUAGUACACGACUGUAUGGAUGCUUGUUCUUCUUGCGCUCGUCACAAUGUCUUCUUCAAACUUGAAGAUACACUUGUGGCAUAUCUUUUGUAUCGCGACAGUAUCUAUGGUAACGUAGUCGAAGUUAAACGAAAAAUUCUCAUCGCAACUAUAGCGAUCCUUUUGCGAUUGGAUCGCUGCUAAAAGUUGCCGUGUGUGACCUCCCUAAUACAGUAUAAUAUACAUAAAUCAGUACAUAGAACACGCCGCGUACCGUGCGACUCUUGUAUGCCCAAUGAGCUAACACUAUCGCCAGUUAACUAUAAAUAGAAAAGUACGUCUGUUUGUUUAUUCGAUACGGUAUCAACUGUCAGUUUUCGUGGAAUGGACAAUAUGUUUUAAUAUUGCAUGCGUCAAAGCAUUGUUAGAAUAUCUUUGUUAUCAAUAAAAAUACGUAGCACAUAUCAGUUUUUGGCUCGUUAUCUUAGUAAAUGCAAAAUAUAACCUCGAUCCUUUACUUUGAACUAAGGAUAAACAAACAAACUCUAACUCAUUAAUAAUGUUUGUAACAAACCAUUCAACAAAUGUCAUCACUCAAUUUAAUCUUAAAUUAAUUUGUACCACUCUCUAUAGUUAUAAGAGAACAG